AUGAGUGGCUAUAAAUACACGGAGAAGUGCGAUGUUUACAGCUUUGGGAUUGUGCUCUGGGAAGUUAUGUCAAGAAAACCAACAUAUUCCCAUUUGUCCCAAGUCUCCUCCCUGGAACUGUUGAAUCGAAUUGUGGAAGGAACUCGUCCUAAUCCUAAUGAUCUUACCAUUUGUGAAAAUACCGGUCCGAUAAAAGAUUUGAUCACCCAGUGCUGGCACUCAAAUCCAGAGGAGCGACCUACCAUGCGUAACUUACUUGUGUCUUUUGCCAACUUAUUAUUAUUAGCCUAGUAAGCCUUUAAUUUUAUACUUAUGUAAAUCUUCAUAAGCUAAAAAUCGAGUGACGAGACUCUAGA